GCAUGCAGCUGGCCCUUUUCCUUGGUUGCAGAGCCUUGUGUCACCCACCAAACGUAGAUCCCACCUCAAUAUAUGUCGAGUCCUCUCCCCCAGAUGCUGGUAUGCUGGUUUCCUUCUACUUGUCUGAUUUCCCUUGCGUCUGCCUCCACACACGAUGCUAUCCAGAUCAGGCGUUAGCAUUCGAAGGCUCAUAUCUCCUAGGCGAGUCCAAGAUGAAUUUGAGGAUGGGGUUUCGGUUGAUACCGAAAGAUGGGAUCAAAGGACGGGACGGAAUGACAGCAAUAUACUUCCUAAGAGGCGGGCAACCUAUAGUAAGAGACGGCCACCGCCACCGAUUAUAGUUAGUAGGGAACAAAGCAUUCAUGACAUUCUGGAUCCUCUGCCACCGUUGCCGCCAUACGACACGCCGCCGCGGUCCAGGUCUAGUUCCUUGAAUAGCUGUGAACGCCACAACGACUCUUACUUAUCACACUCAAUCGACUCAAAGAGGUCUAAGUCACCUCUUUGUUCUUUAUCGUCAAAGGAAGAUAGAAGCCAAGAAUCACUCCAGCUCUCUAGCGUGACAAGCUAUGGAGGCGACGACUUUCCACCGCCGCCUCCUCCUAAAAGCUACUCCGAGUCGCCAGAUUCUCUUAGACGUCAGGCGGAACUAUCAAGUUCGAAUUUGGAUUACAUAGAAUCCCUAUCUCUACGACCAGAAAAUAGAGCGGCAACAUUACAACAAAACCUGCGACGGCAGGAAUCAUUCUCAAGCAUUACAGAUAACAUCCAGCAACUUAUACAAGAGGCAGAUGAGGCUUUCAGAGCAGUCGGUCACGCUCUCGUUGAAGUGCAAGUCACAAACAAUUCUACAAAGGCAUUACCAUCACUUCCCACGCCCGAAUCAUCGCCUGUUCUAAAGCCAGAGCCUUUGGCUUCUCAGACUCGAGUAGAGAGCCCGCGACCCCAAACAGUCGCCUCUCCGAAAACCAUCGCUUCACCCAAGACCGUCAUUUCUCCCAAACCCGCCGCUGCUCCCGUAUAUUCACCCCGACGGAAUCCAUCAGUGAACAACGGGGUUAAGAGGAAGAAGUCGAAGAAGUCUAAGAAGGUGAAGCCGAUGAAGCCGAGCCGGAAGCCUGCCGCGUCCAAGUCGACGGCGAAGAGUGGCCCAAUAUGGAACUUCUCGGACAAUGUGACUGAUCUUUUUAGUGGGAAACUCUUCCAAAAGAUCGAGGUGGAUGAAAUGCUCACACCGGACCAACUGGAAGAGUACAGGUUGCGUAGGAUGUCGACAAUGCAGUCGGAAAAAUCGGCUAAGGCAACACAGCCUACCCAAUCGACCCAGUCAACACAGCCCGAGAAAUUAAUCGAGACAAUCGACGCUGAGUCGACCGAUACGCCGAUCGAGCCCUUUCACCUUGAAGAUCUAUCUUCCCGAAUUAGAUCGGCCAGUGUGUCACUCGACCUUGAUACACCAACUGAAGAAAAACAUAUGUUAUUACCAUCUAACCCUGUUGCCUGGAGGGAUUUUUCUACAGAGGGACGUAAUGAAUAUGGCCCCAUCGAGCUUCCGGCGUCGAUAUCAACGUCGGAAUUACAUACGGAUAUAGGAGAAGAACCGGCGCAAAACAAAAAUGCCACCUUCCAAACGCCACCAAUGAGACAGGCUGCACGAUUUGCUGCGAGAAGCCAGAAGGCAUCACUGCCCAGCAUCCCAGAAACGGCGGCCAUCUUGACACCCACAAAUGAAUUAUUUGUCGGCCACGAUCUCAGAUAUUCCCGAGAUAUGGUGGCGGAUUCAAAUUACGUUUUCCUUCAAUCAUCGCCGUGUUCCAUGACCAGCCCUAUUUUCCGACACGGCCCGAUUCGACUAGCUAAAUCUGAUCUAAUGGCAGAUGUUAAAAUCGGAGCGGAUGAUGGCCUAGACUGGACGGCAUUCCAGAUGGCUAUUUCUGGGGGCGCCGGAGACUGGUUCUCCGAAAGCGACGACACAAUUCGCCGCAGAGAGGCGGAAGAGGCGGCAGAAAUUAUAGAAUGGUUUGGGUCAUGGAAUUUCAGCAGUCCCGGAGGGCUCCUAGACCACCCUAUUGAAGCCGAUAGCCCUAUGAGCAUGACUUCGGGUGAGGAUUGCUCGGAAGUGUCAUACAACGAGACCGAGAAGGACAGCAACCCAUACAACCAGCAUUACCACUGGCAGACACCCGGGCAGAAGACAGUACCUGAAUUCCAUCAGCCCGACUACGAUAUAUCCGGGCUUGAGCUAGAUACUUCGAGGAUGAGUCUUGACGACGAGAUGUUUGAUGAAUCCAAGGAAUACAAUAGUCGGGAGAGCUACGCUAGCCUUCCGCAGAGCCCGAUGUUGGACCUCCGAGUUAUUCGAAGCUCGGACGGGGACGAUAUGGACGUUGUCCCGAUGGGAUAUAACCUUGGACAUGACCUGGGAGAUUUCCUUAAAUGGGAGGCGGAGCAUGCGUAUGCCGGGGACUUUUACUGAGGCGUUACUUUGGGUUUCGCUCUUCACAACGUUUGCAAAUUUUUUGUUUGCAUUAUAACUUAUAAGCAAUGGAUCAUGCCAUGCUUCGAAAGACUAAGCUGCCUCGAGGAGGCCGCAUGGGUUAGAAAUGAGUUUUACGUCGAACCGACUACCUGUUCAUUUGUCAUUAUACCAUCGAUUUAUAAAAUCGAAGGCGUUUGGGAGGCACGCUCUCUAAGCAAAACGAAUUGUUUUAGGGUUAGGAAUAUUGGAUUAAGCGGAGCGCGGCGCUGGGACGGAUGGAUUGAUUUUUUGUUAUGCUAUGUAUCGGAACACAAUUCGAUGUACCUUAUCGUUGUGCGACCAGGAACUAUAAAUGUUAUACUGGGAAUCCACUAUGGUGGUUACCUAAUAGUAAGAAUUUACAUUAGGAAGUUAUCCAAGGGGAAGGGAAGGGAAGGGAAGGGGCAGAAGUAGAGGAAGGGG